AUGUCCACCACCGUGCACCGCAUCGCCAAGCCCUUCAACCCCAUGCUGGGCGAGACCUUCGAGCUGGACCGCCUGGAUGACAUGGGUCUGCGCUCCCUCUGAGAGCAGGUGCGCCACCACCCGCCGUCGGCGGCGCACCACGUCUCCUCCAAGCAUGGCUGGAGCCUCUGGCAGGAAAUCACCAUCGCCAGCAAGUUCCGAGGGAAGUACCUCUCCAUCAUGCCCUUACGUGCCAUCCACCUGGAAUUCCAGGCCAGCGGGAACCACUAUGUGUGGAGGAAGAGCACCUCGACCGUGCACAACAUCAUCGUGGGCAAGCUCUGGAUUGACCAGACCGGAGACAUUGAGAUUGUGAACCAUAAGACCAGGGACCGGUGCCAGCUGAAGUUCCUGCCCUACAGCUACUUCUCCAAGGAGGCAGCCCGGAAGGUGACAGGAGUGGUGAGUGACAGCCAGGGCAAGGCCCACUACGUGCUGUCCGGCUCGUGGGACAAGCCGAUGGAGUGCUCCAAGGUGGUGCAGAGCGGCCCCAGCAGCCCCACGCUGGACGGGAAGCAGAAGACGAUUUACCAGACGCUGCCGGCCAAGCUGCUGUGGAAGAAGUACCCGCUGCCCGAGAACGCCGAGAACAUGUACUACUUCUCGGAGCUGGCGCUGACCUUGAACGAGCAGGAGGAGGGCGUGGCGCCCACCGACAGCCGCCGGCGGCCGGACCAGCGGCUCAUGGAGAAGGGGCACUGGGACCAGGCCAACGCCAACACGGAGAAGCAGCGGCUAGAGGAGAAGCAGCGCCUGUCGUGGCGGCGGCGGCUGGAGGCCAGCUCGCGGGGCGGCCACUUCAGCGGCCUGGAGGACGCGGAGAAGGAGGCGGAGGUGUACACACCGCUGUGGUUCGAGAAGAGGCUGGAUCCGCUGACCGGGGAGACGGCCUGCAUGUACAAGGGCAGCUACUGGGAGGCCAAGGAGCGGCAGGACUGGCACAUGUGCCCCAACAUCUUCUGAGCGCCGCCUCCCUCCCAAAUACAGGCUCCUGCCAAGCCCGGCCCCCUGUUUUCAUGCCCUUCUCUCCCCACCCCUCCUCACCCUACUUUCUUCUUUUUUAAUUUCAUGUUUGUUUGUUUGUUUUUAAACAUUCUUUGGGGGCUCCCACAUCAGGAGGAGGGAGUGCUGACCCGAGUUUUCUCCAGCCCCCAGGUGCCCCGGGUCGCCCUGGGGGCCCCUCUCCUCGCGUACUUGAGGCCCCUUCCCGGGACCCUAGCUCCGGUGUUACCACCACUCAGGCCGGGCAUGGGCGUGGGCAGCCUGACACCAGCCCAAACCUGGGGGGAGCUUGGGGGCGGGAGGUGGGUGGGCGUUCUGCUGUUCUUCCCCGGGGAACCUCUCUUUGGACUUUUUAAAGAAGAACCCCGUUUCUUUCCAUCCACGACAUUUAGUACGUACUCGUGUUUUUAGUACAACUCUUGGCAGACAACUUUCCAAGUGUGCUUUCCUGCCACAGGUGGGAGCUGGCAGGAGCCCCUCAUUUAGUGGGACCGGGCAGCCCAACCUUGAGGUGGGAGAAUGAGCAGCUCAACAUAGCAAGGCCCUCUUCACAUUUGAGCUGCCCACCUGCCAGGAGCCCAGGGCAGAGCCCUGGGGUUAGAGCCACCACCCGCCCCGGGGGUCUGAAGGGGCCAGAGGGGGAUGUGAGGGCCAAAGGCCUUGCCAGGCUCUCGCUGUGCCCGCCGCCCCGCCCCGCGGCCAGGAGGACCCAUGAGCUGGGCCUGCAGGUGCUCUCCACCAAGACCCAGGCCCCAGAUCAGCAAUAACGAACCAACUGUGCUCGGCCUGAGCUGGUGACGGAGCCCCAGAGCCCCUGCUUCCCACUGGCCUCGGAGGGGGGCGCGGAGGUCAGGAUGUG